AUGGACACUCAGUCCGUCAUCACCGCAGAAGCAUGGCCCAUCAUAGCAAGUUCCUUGCAAUCACCAUCGCUCAUCGUGGCGAUACUCGCAGCCGUCGCGCUAGUCGUCUCGACCUCGUUGCUCUCCUUCCUCCGCCGUCGAUCCCCCUUACCUCCGGGCCCUUCCCCAUGGCCCAUCCUCGGCAACCUCCCCCAACUAGGUCUCCUGCCGCACCGCGCCCUGGCGAAGCUGGCGGACAGGUACGGCCCGAUCAUGACUAUCUGGUUCGGUUCCACGCCGAAAUUGAUCGUCUCGUCGCCGGAGGUCGCUUGCGAGGUGAUGAAAACGAACGAUAAGCUCUGCUCGUCCCGCCCGGUGCUUAAAACGGUGGCGAUUUUCUCUUUGGACGGCCAGAACAUCGCGUUUUCGCCAGACAAUGAUCAUUGGCGAAAGAUGCGACGGCUGGCGACGCUCCACCUUCUGUCUGCGAAGAAACUGCAGGAAAGCCUUCCCGUGCGAGAGGAAGAGAUUCGCGGCAUGCUCGACGCGAUUGCUGUUGACGCAACUGCUGCUGACGACGGGAUAGAAGUGCGAAGGUACUUGACUCGCGCAACGCUCAACAACAUUUUGCGCCUCACUGUCGGGAAGCGCUUUUGCUAUUCCUCCAUUCGCGGCGCAGCCGACGUCUCGUCGAAGGCGAUUCUCGAGGAUGCGAUGAAUAUCGACUGGAACGAACGCGUCGCCGCCAUAACCGGCGGAAAACGCGGCGGGAUGUGCGGCGAUGCCGAGGCGGCUGCAGCUCCAGCUACGGGGUCUGCAGCGGAGAAGAAGGAAGGAGAGAUGCUGAUUGCUCUAAUCGAGGAGGGUUUCGCUCUCCACGCUUGUCGAUGGGUUGAGCUGGAGGGGAGGGGGAAGGGGAGGGAAGGGGAAGAGGAGGGAGAGGAUGGGUUGGAGGGGGGGAGGUGGGUGGGGGAACAGAAGGGGCUGGAAGGGGGGAAGUGGGUGGUUGAAGAUGAGGGUCUGGAGGGGGGAAGGUGGGGGGAAAGAGGAGGGGCUGGAGGAAGGGAUGUGGGUGGGGGAAGAGGAGGGGUUGGAGAGGGGAAGAGGAGGGGGGUGCAACUUGCAAGGCUAUUUCAGUCAACGCCUUCCGUCAGAUAA